GGCUGUUUCCCGGUUGAAGAUGCUUUAUGGUCUCUGUGGCAGUUUGGUGCCUCACCUGUGUGACGUCAUCCCGCGGUGCUGCUGCUGACGCCCCGCCCCCGGCAUCCUGGCUCCUCCCUCUUAUUUCACAUAAGUAGAGGCGAUGCGGCUGUUGGAGCUUCACAUCCUCACCUUCAUCCGCCUCAUCCUCAGCGGCAGCCGCUGACCUGAGAACCAGAACCAGAACCAGAACCGCGGCAAGAUGACCGGAGAUCAGCGCUACGUCAUCAGCAUCAGAUUGAUUGGAGGAGUCCGCAGAGAGAAGCCGAGACUGAAGACCUUCAUGCUGUCCGUCCUCUGGUCCGAUGAGUCGGAAGUGAUCAUCUACAGGUCCUUCCAGGACUUCCGGUCAUUUCAUGGGCAGCUGAAGAAGAGAUUUCCAAACUUUAAUCCCUUCAGGAAGAACGACAGGAAAAUCCCAAAGUUCUCCGGGAAGGCCCGGCGCAGCAGCCUGCAGCAGACCGGAUCCAGGAAGUCGGUGAGGCAGAUGAGCUUCCUGCAGAGUUACUGCGAGGAGCUGCUGCGCUGCGAUCAGACCGUGACCUUGAGUUCAGAGGUCACCCGGUUCUUCACGCCCAGAGAUCACGACCUGCAGACGGACUUCACCAAGAACACCGUCAUGAUCCUGAUGUCUGACGAGGCGCAGGACGCAGCGGGUGGCGCGCGGAGCCAGCAGGUGGGCAGCGUGACGCACCCGUUCCUCACGCAGACGUACCGCUGCGUGGCGCCGUACGAGACCAGGGACACCAAGAACCGGACCUUUAAGGCGGCCGCCGACGACAAGCUGGACGUCCUAAUCAAAGACCCGGCAGGGUGGUGGCUGGUGGAGAGCGAGGACAAGCGGUUGGCCUGGUUUCCGGCGCCUUACCUGGAGCUCUGUGACGAAGAAGAGGAAGAGGAGGGAGGAUUCCUGGGAGGGUCCCUGUACUGCGCCGUGAGGAACUACUCCACCUCCAAGACCGAUGAGGUGGGCGUGGCCAUCGGCUGCGUGGUCGAGGUGCUGCGCAAGUCUGACGACGGCUGGUGGCUUGUCAGGUGCGGCGGUAGGGUGGGCUACCUGCCCUCCAUGUACCUGCAGCCCUACAGCAACCCGCGGCGCGGGCUGCACGGCCGCCACCUGCACAGCUCCUCCCUCAACCUGGCCUCCAGCGGCGCCCGGGGCUCCCGCUCCUCCCAGCCGGUCCAGAACCAGGAGUCGGGCUCCAGGCGGGGGUCCGCGGUCCCGGAGCGGCUCCCCAGAGCGCAGUCCCUGGAUGUGCUCUCAGAGAGCUGGCUGCAGGACGGCGCCGCGCCUUCAUCUUCAUCUUCAUCAGCCGCAUCCCGCAGCAGCGACUCCAUCUUCUCCAGCUUCUCCUCCAGCAGCGCCUCGUCCUCCUCCAGCCUGAAGGACGAGUCACGCCGCCCCGACCCGACCCGCUCCUCCAGGUCCAGCACCGGGAGCUCCAGGUCGGCCGGGACCAACGGCAGCGAGCCGGCCCCGGCCCCCAGCGUCCCCCGCAGACCCGACACCCAGGAGAUCCUGGUGCGCUGCAGCACCAUGACCCGCAAGGCGGCGCUGGCCUCCAGAACCCGGCUGCAGCCGCAGGCCGACCCGGUCCACAGCCGGCUGUAGAACCUUUGGACUGAAGCACCGAGUCGUUAUCAUAUUAACAACUAAAUAUGGACUUUGGGGGGCGCUGUUUGUUCAGUUGCACUGUAAAAAUGAACAGAAAUAAUUGGCUUUGCUUCUGCCGUCUUUUUUCCUCCAUGUUGCUCCAACAUUAACGUCACAGAUCCAAACUAAAGAUUUAGUCAUUUUUCACUAACGUGUUUCAAACUAAAUAUUGACCGGCUGUGUUUUUGGAUCAUUUUUCCUGUGUAACCAUAGAAACGGCUCAGCAGACGUUGUUUCAGCUGUUCAGUAUGUAGCUUCAGUGAAGCAGAAAACUUGAUGUAAACUUUGAUUCAUUUUGUCUCUGAAUGUCUUCCUCUUCCUCUCAAACCUGCUGAUGGAAUCAAUCAACCUGUUUGAACUCACAUCGUUUUGUUUGCUUCAGUGAAACAAUAAAGGUUUGAUAUUCAAACACAA